CGUCUACCCCGCGGAGGUGCUGCGUUUCCGUGCUCCAGCGUGCACGACACACACAUACACACGUUCACACUAUACCAGUGUACACCCACUGUGUUUACGUGACCAUACAGGCACGCGUGUCCACGCACACACGGGCCCGUUCGCGGAAAGGUGCGCGUAUGUGUGACUCGGUCCACACACCUGUUCCUUCAGGAGUCGAUCGCUGAGAAACACACCGCGACAGUUCGACGACGCGUGGUUUAUCGCGACCGUUUUCGCGACUUCGACACUCUUGGUAAUCGUGAAGAAUUUUGGGCCAGACGAAGAAUCCCCCCAUAAGUGAUGGAUUACGUUUGAGGAACUCCUGAAAUCUUGUGCUCGGAGUAUUUCAGUUCGAUGGUUCGCGUUCCAAGGUGUCCCUAACCCGGCCCGAGGAAUCGUGGUUCCGCGCACGUGCGAAGGGACUGCCACCAGAGCUUAAUAUUCCAGUGAGGACACCCCUGUGUUCCAUGUCCAAUUGUCGUGGAGAUCGCUCGAAACGUCGUGGACUUGACGGAGAUCCUCGCCUCGAACACGUGCUCCAGUGAACCGUGGCAGAGGACAGGUGUACCGACCACGUGUCAAACCUAAACUGUCCAUGCGUUUAAAUUGGAGUGUACCUCGUUUCGUCGUCACUAUCCAAGAAAACCCAUGUCCUCGAGGAUAUCACCUCGAUGCGAGCAACAACACCGAAGCUAAUCACCUUCGCUCCAAGUGAAACGAGCUUAACUCGGAUCAUCUCGCGAGAGAGAAAGGUGUAAAACGAAGAGGACCAGCCGAUACAGCGCGAGGGAAAGGUACCUGUCGCGUAAACAUCCUCCAGCGUCCUCGACGCUUGAUCGGGUUCGAAAGCUAGGCUCUCGCCCGCCAGCUACUCUUCAGGUCUCCGCGGAGACUCAACCGCGGACGAUUCCGGGUCGGAGUGCACGAGAAACAGUGUUAAACAGUGUACAGUGUCGACUUAAAAUCGCGGCGAAGUGCCCUGUCUAAACCCCGAGUUCGUACGAAGUGGAGAACCGUGAGACCAAGUAUCGAAAGUGGAUCGUAUAUACGGUGUGUGCGCGGACCGGAAGUAGCAUCGAGAAGUGAAGUGUGAAGAGUGUCGCAGCGAUUGAGGAAUACACGAGGAACCAAGGAGGAUCCUGGCACAACCGGCGACGAGAUACCGGCCGAUUGGUAAUUUGGAGUGGCCCGAGGGAAGACCGUCGGUGACCCACGGGGAAUGGUGAUGCGGUAGUCGAGGGAUUCCUCGAGGAAAGACAUGAGGGCGGCCGCCGCCUACGUUCUGUUCCUUGCCCACCUCAUACAGGCGACGAACGCGGGCGGAUACUUCGAGGUGCAGAUCCUCUCGCUGACGAACAACAGGGGCACCCUGGUGGACGGUAGGUGUUGCGGCGGGGGAGGAGAUGGCGGAGGAAAGGGAGGAUUUCCACCCUGCAUGACCCCGUGCUCCACGGCGUUCUGGCUCUGCCUGAAAGAGUACCAGUCGAACGUCACCGCCAUCGGCUCCUGCAGCUUUGGCAACGUAUCUAGUCACGCCCUCGGCCAGAACACCUUCACCCUCAACGAACCCGUCACCCUGCAACUGCAUUUCACCUUCCGAUGGACGAGGCAAUUCACGCUGAUCCUGCAAGCGAGAGACGAGGCGAGUGCAGGCGUGAUCGAGGAAGCGAGUUACAGCGGCAUUGUCCUGCCAGGACCCACGUGGCACACACUCAAUCAUCAAGGAAGAAACGCUCAUCUGGCCUAUCGCGUUCGGGUCCAGUGCGCGGAUCAUUACUACAACGCGACCUGCACGAAGUUCUGCAGGCCGAGGAACGACAUAUUCGGCCAUUACACCUGCGACGAGAACGGGGACAAGGUGUGCAUACAGGGAUGGAAGGGCUCCGACUGCGAAACAGCUGUCUGCAAGGAGGGCUGCCACCCCGUCCACGGGCACUGCAACGUCAGCGGCGAGUGCAAGUGUCGCCACGGCUGGCAAGGCGACCUCUGCGACCAGUGCACCCCGUACCCAGGUUGCAAGCACGGCUAUUGCAACGGUUCGAGUUGGCACUGCAUCUGCGAUACGAACUGGGGCGGCAUCCUCUGCGACCAGGACCUCAACUACUGCGGCACUCACGAGCCCUGCCAGAACGGCGGCACUUGUGAGAACACAGCUCCUGAUCAGUACAAGUGCACGUGUCCCGAGGGAUUCUCUGGACCAACUUGCGAGAAGGUGGACAACCCUUGUGCCUCCAAUCCCUGUCUGAAUGGGGCAACCUGCAGAGAACUGGGGGAGAGCGCUCAUUGCGAGUGCGCCCCCGGCUUUUCCGGGCCCUAUUGCGCAAUGGACAUCGACGAGUGCGCCUCGCAACCCUGCCAAAAUGGCGGUACUUGCGUCGAUGGAAAGAACGGAUUCGUCUGCAACUGCCCAGCAGCUUGGCAGGGUCAUCUCUGUCAGUUCGAUGUCGACGAGUGCACCCUGAAGGAGUCCCCGUGUAAGAACUCGAUGACCUGCGUAAAUCUCGCCGGCGACUACAGAUGUCGCUGCAGAAGUGGCUUCACUGGAAAGAAUUGCACCAAGAACAUCAACGACUGUGUCGGCCAGUGCCAGCACGGCGCGCUCUGCAUAGACCUGGUAGAUGACUAUCACUGCAGCUGCACCGCGGGGUACUCCGGCAAGGACUGCGACGUCGACAUCGACGAGUGUGCCUCGAAGCCCUGUCAGAACGGCGGUGAAUGCAGGGAUCUGGUGAACGCUUACGAGUGCGUUUGCCCCGUUGGCUUCACCGGUUAUCAGUGCGAGAUCGACAGGGACCACUGUAGCCCGAAUCCCUGCAGGAACUCCGCGCCCUGUUUCAAUACUCAGACCGAUUACUAUUGUCACUGCCCUCAACAAUGGCAGGGGAAGAAUUGCUCCGAGCCCGCCUCUCACAACCCGCAGUUCGGCAUCAUGGACGAGGAAACUGGAUGUGGUAGCGAAGGCACUCCUUGCGGCGGCAGGGGCAGAUGCAGCGGGGGCAGAUGCAUCUGCGAUCCUGGAUACACGGGGAUGCACUGUCACGAGAACAUCAACGACUGUCGAGGCAAUCCUUGUUUGAACGGAGGAACCUGCGUAGACCUGGUCAACUCCUUCCAGUGCAUCUGCAGGGAGGGAUGGAGUGGAGAUUUGUGCGACCAGGACGUGGACGAGUGCAUGGAGUCGCCCUGUCGCAACAACGGGACCUGCGUGGACGGCGUAGCAGACUUUACCUGCAUCUGCAGAGGUGGUUGGAAGGGCAAGACGUGCACUCUGCGAGGUGGCCACUGCGAGCCAGGGACUUGUCGUCACGGAGGGACGUGCCAAGACCGCGGUGACGGAUUCACCUGUCACUGUCCACCAGAUUGGGAAGGUGCAGCGUGUCACAUAGCUUCUCCAGCCUGUGCCAGCAAUCCUUGCGAAAACGGAGCGACCUGCGUGAACACCGCCGAUGGAAACUAUCGAUGCGUCUGUCGAGAAGGCUUCGAGGGACCAAACUGUCGUCGCGACGUCGACGACUGUCAGCCGUUGCCCUGUCUAAAUGGUGGCAAGUGCGUAGAUGGGAUCAAUUGGUUCAGGUGCGAGUGCGCGCCAGGUUUCACCGGGCCAGACUGUCGCAUAAACGUAAACGAAUGCGCCAGCGAUCCCUGCACAGGUGGAUCCACCUGCGUGGAUGGCAUAGCGAGCUACUCUUGCGUUUGUCCGCCAGGCAGAAGCGGGACGCGCUGCGAAAUCCGCACGGCUGGUGGGCCUGGCUGCAUGGUCGCCAGCUGGGACGACGACUGCAAUAUCUGCGAGUGUCGUAAUGGAAAGAAUCAAUGCAGCAAUAUCUGGUGUGGUCCUGGGAACUGUCUGAACGGGACCUCGUGUCUGGCUCACGAAGUCUGCGUCCCCAGUCCAAGCGAGAGCUGUCUAUUGCCGUCGUGUCCAGCUUGGGGAGAGUGUCGACCAGUGGAGACUGGCAGAAGGGUAGGACCUCCUGCUUUGCCUGCUCCGCCUUCCUGUUGGCCUGGACAAGCUACCACGGGACCAACCUGCUCUAGGCUCACCAUCUUGUUAAGAAGAGACACUCUUGCACCGGGCACAUCGGUAGAAAUACUCUGUCGUCGUCUGAGGAAGCUUUUGGCUGAUCCCAGAAGACCGCAGUCGAUCGUUCUUCUCUGUGAUCUGAAGCCAGGCGAUAACGAUACAGUGGAAGUGACAAUUUUCUCUGAAGCUGCCGUAGACGCGGCCAGAGACCUCGGCGAGACUCUCAGUCGACCCCUGGGAAGACCUCUCGCCCUGGCCUCCGUGCUGGAGGUCAAGGUGGAGACGGCCUUGCUCAGCGAGCCGAGCUCAGGGAACGCCAGCAGCGCUGGCAGCUACGUGGCGGUGCUCGGAGGUGCCCUGGCCACAGUGCUCGUGUUGGCUCUCUUCGGGGGACUCUGGUACCUCCGAUCGGUCAGGCAACGCUCGAGCAUGACCGCGACGACCAGCAGCGAGACUUCGUUGCACAGACACCGUAGCGACUUGGACGAGAAAUCCAACAACCUCCAGAACGAGGAGAACCUGAGGAGAUACGCGAAUCCGUUGAAGGACCAGGACCAAGGCGAGCCCAGAGUGUCCGUCGUGAGGCCUCUGUCGGGCACCUCUCUGGGCGCGCUGGCUGGAACCGAGGAAAGCCUGGAGAUGGUCUCCGAAGAGGGUAGACACCGCCUGCCACCACUUUACAAGCCACCCAGCGCGGAAGCAAGAAACAACACCGCCAGUUUCAGCUACGAGGAAGGACCUCACAAGCCGUACAGCAAACCAAGACUACAGGAACCGUCGUACUCUCAUCAGCAACCUGGCACCAGCCAAACAUCAGGACCGCAUCAAGUGUUGACUGUACACGUGUAACGCGAGAGGACUCGCGAUUAAAAGCGUGUGAAACUAGAGCAUUGAGGCGAAGAGAAGGCAUCGAGUUAAGGACAUUAAGAUCGUCGUGAAAUAAAGAACGUCCGAGAUCUCGACGUUUAGAGAUUCGUAUCGGCACUGUGCGCGAGACCCUCAAGGCUACCGAGGUUUCUUUUCCCUGUGGAGGUCGUUCGAAGGCAGGGCUAGAUACGUAGAUAGGUAGAUAGGGAGAGACAAGAACCGAGGCAUUUUUUUUCUUCUCACCUCUCGUGAGGUUAAGACUUUAAUCUCGAUCGCAACGAACGCGAAAACGCGAGUACUUGCACGCGAGACUCCAUGUUUGAGUCACGAUCCUGCUGUCCUCUACCUUCGUCGGGCCUUCCCCCGCGAUUCCACGAUACACGACAAUAAUUGAUCGACGAUAUAUAAUUAUAUUAUUGACGACGCCGACGUUGUUUCAUCGUUGUACAUAUGUACAUAGCUCGUACUUAUUAAUUUCACUAAGCCUGUAUCUCCCCUGGACGCGCCGUCGGCCCUGCAACUCUCUUAAAGUGUAACAUUCGACGUUGUAUCCGCGUUGAUCGUAGAUUGUCGCAUUUCCUCCCCCAUUUCCCCGUCGUCUGAAGCCCACUUGUCUGAACGACGUAGGCGUGCAGAGAUGGCCAGGAUUCUUAAAUAGACACAAAUUUCCAAUAACGAAUGAAGAAUGCGUAACUGUUCAUCCCUCGUUUUAAUGAGUUAGGAGAAAGUUGUACGAAUGAAUGACACGCGAUGGUUUCAUUUGUUAUCUGUUAUUUGAAGAAAAUUCUGUCCAUCUCUGUGUAGCACUUAGGCGAACAAUUCUGCGCGAACGCAGGCUUCGGACGCUCCGUCGGACGAUACUAUUGUGAUACUCAUAGAGAGAGGACAUCGUGCGUAAGACUACUUCAUUCUUAUGCCACCUCCCACGCCCCCCUCAAACGUACAUAGUUCCAGAUCCAACCCUCGUCUAACGAGUUUCUCCCAUGGAUCCUCCUUACCUAUGUUCUCCUCCUCUCCCUCCCUUUUAGAUGUGCAAUUUUACUUUUUUAUUUCUUCUUCUCAUAGUAUCGUUCCAGCGUCGCGACGCGCGACGACCGAAAUCGCGCGAACACUUAGACUUUAACGGAAGCGGAAGGGCGCAUAACUCGCAUUAGGCGGUACCCCGUAAGUUGUAACGGAUGGAAGAAAUUUUUAUAACAGAUACCUUUAUUUUAUAAAGAAAAAUCUAUAUUAUUAUACAAAUAUAUAGAAGCGAUGAGAAAACAAAAAAUAUAUAUAUAUAUAAAUAUAUAUAUUAUAUUAUUUUAUAUUAUAUUAUAUUAUUUUUAUUUUAUUUUAUUGUAUUGUAUUAAUUAUUGCGAGAUCACGGACAAUAGUUCUUCGAUCGUUCCUCAAUCUCCGAGCAUCGAUCCCGCGACCAGGUUCUACCCAAGCAUUGGGCGAAAUGUAAACCGCGAUUGGAGGUGGGCAAAUUUCAUUUCGAAUAACCAGAAAAUAUUCAAGUAAGAUUAUACUUGUUAUUCGAGAGGCGAGCACGACGAAUAAUUUGUCAAGUUCGUCUUGCCACGUCUUAUUUUUGUUCGUCGAUUCACUCAAAUGAUUACUCGAGUAAUGUCCAACUCUGCCCACGAUUGAACUCGAUAAUCAAUAAUCGCGAUUAAUAAUUAAGAAAUAAUCAAUAUCAGACACGAUUAGUUACACAUUUCAAAACCACUACUUCACGAUUGCGGAUUAGAAAUGCGCAUUGCCGACUAAUCUAACAAUCGUGGAUGAUCGUUGUUCAACCCUGCGAUCCAUCGAACGUCCAUGUCUUAAAAAUAAGAAAUUCCUCGACAAAACUCCGACGAACUAAUGUCCCUGGUCAAACGGUAGAUAGCUAAUGGAUAAUCCCUACGCGAUGUGAUCAGCCCCCGUUGUCAGAUACAGAAGGAGGCGUGAGCGAGUGAGUGCGUGUAAAUAAUAAGCUCCUUCCAACCCCCAACCCCACUUUUUCUCGCCUAAAGUUACGAAGAUGAAAAUGUUUCAAUAAAAAGUACAACCCU